GGUUGUAACCCUCUUGCACAAACCGGCCGGAGCAAAUUGCAGAAUCAAAGGGCUGCUUUGAACCAGCAGAUCCUGAAAGCCGUGCGGAUGAGGACAGGAGCGGAAAACCUUCUGAAAGCAGCCACGAACCAGAAGGUGCGGGAGCAGGUGCGCCUGGAGCUGAGCUUCGUUAACUCGGACCUGCAGAUGCUCAAGGAAGAGCUGGAGGGGCUCAACAUCUCGGUGGGGGUGUAUCAGGGCACAGAAGAGGCGUUUACGAUUCCCCUGAUUCCUCUUGGACUGAAGGAAACCAAAGACGUUGACUUUUCAAUCAGUCUCAAGGACUUUAUCUUGGAACAUUACAGUGAAGAUAGCUAUCUGUAUGAAGAUGAAAUCGCAGAUCUUAUGGAUCUGAGACAAGCCUGCCGGACUCCCAGUCGGGAUGAGGCCGGGGUGGAACUACUGAUGAGCUACUUCAUCCAGCUGGGUUUUGUCGAGAGCCGAUUCUUCCCGCCCACCCGACACACGGGGCUCCUGUUUACCUGGUAUGACUCCCUCACUGGGGUUCCAGUCAGCCAACAGAACUUGCUGCUGGAGAAGGCCAGCAUUCUGUUUAACAUCGGAGCCCUCUACACCCAGAUUGGGACCCGGUGCAAUCGGCAGACGCAGGCUGGGCUGGAGAGCGCCAUGGAUGCCUUCCAGAGAGCCGCAGGGGUCUUAAACUACUUGAAGGAGACGUUUACCCACACUCCGAGCUACGACAUGAGCCCCGCCAUGCUCAGCGUGCUCGUCAAGAUGAUGCUCGCGCAAGCCCAGGAAUGCGUGUUUGAGAAAAUCAGCCUCCCUGGGAUCCGGAACGAGUUCUUCAUGCUGGUGAAGGUGGCUCAGGAGGCUGCCAAGGUGGGAGAGGUCUACCGGCAGCUGCACACGGCCAUGAGCCAGGCGCCCGUGAAGGAGAACAUCCCCUACUCCUGGGCCAGCUUGGCCUGUGUGAAGGCUCACCACUACAGUGCCCUGGCCCACUACUUCACCGCCACUCUCCUCAUCGACCACCAGUUGAAGCCAGGCGCAGAUGAGGACCACCAGGAGAAGUGCCUGUCCCAGCUCUAUGACCACAUGCCGGAGGGAUUGACGCCCUUGGCCACAUUGAAAAACGAUCCUCAGCGCCAACAACUGGGCAAGUCGCACCUGCGCAGAGCUAUUACCCACCACGAGGAGUCUGUGAGGGAGGCCAGCCUGUGCAAGAAGCUGCGGAACAUCGAGGUGCUGCAGGAGGUGCUAUCCGCCGCCCACCAGCGCUCUCGGCUCAAGUAUGCCCGGCACCAAGAGGCCGACGACCUUCUGAACUUGAUCGACGCUCCCGACAUUGUUUCCAAAACUGAGCAAGAGGUUGAAAUUAUAUUGCCACAGUUCUCCAAGGUGACAGUAACGGACUUCUUCCAGAAACUGGGCCCCUUAUCUGUGUUUUCGGCCAACAAGAGGUGGACACCUCCUCGCAGCAUUCGCUUCACCGAAGACGAAGAUGACUUGGGGUUCACCUUGAGAGGGAACGCCCCCGUGCAAGUCCACUUUCUGGAUCCUUACAGCUCAGCUGCGCUGGCAGGAGCCAAGGAAGGAGAUUAUAUUGUUUCCAUUCAAGGCGUGGAUUGUAAGUGGCUGACACUGAGUGAGGUUCUGAAGCUACUGAAGGGCUUUGGUGAGGAGGAGAUCGAGAUGAAGGUCGUGAGCCUCCUGGACUCGUCGUCAUCCAUGCAUAAUAAGUGUGCCACAUACUCGGUGGGAAUGCAGAAGACCUACUCCAUGAUCUGCUUAGCCAUAGAAGACAAUGAUAAAACCGAUAAAACCAAGAAGAUCUCGAAAAAGCUCUCCUUCUUGAGCUGGGGCACCAGCAAGAACAGACAGAAGUCAGCCAGCACCUUGUGCCUUCCGUCGGUUGGGGUCUCUAGGCCUCAAGUCAAAAAGAAGCUCCCCUCUCCUUUCAGCCUGCUCAACUCUGACAGUUCUCUGUACUAACAUGGAGGGACACCGAUGUUCGCGGGAUGACUAGGCCUUAAAAUGGGUGCCAUACUGGAAAAUAGUGAAGUAGUGUCGAAUCCAGUUUUCUCACAGUGUAAACUUGCAUUUGCUUUUUCUUUGUAAAUGGAUGCAACAAGAAAUCUCUAGAAACUUGUGGAAAAGAAACUUGAGGAAUGUCACUAUAUUGCUGCAAGUUAUUUAUUAUAUGAAGUAUUGUAAAUAGAAUAGUGUUAAAAAAUA